AUGACAUGUGGAAGGCAAGAAAGGAACGCUGAAGGUUCUAACACCUGCAGAGAACAAGAUCAUUGUCACAAUGGAGGACGUGAUUUGGCGGAUGCAAUACGCCAGAUGACGAAGACUAUGAGAUACACCAAUUUCAUGGGAACUGAGAGACCCAAAAAAGCCAAUAAGUGGCAACUGGAUCUCAAUAGGACCUUUGAGAUCAGCGGCUAUACUGAGGAACCGAAGGUACAGUACGCGAGGCACCUGCUUCAAGGUGAAGCCGAAAUCUGGUGGGACACCAGGAGGCAUGAUAGAGAAUUGGGAACUAUCACCAUUUUGACCUGGGAUAGGUUCAAGGAGGAAUUUGUCAAUCGAUUCUUCCCAGAGUCAAUGAAGACUCAGAAGGCCCAAGAAUUUGCCACAUUGGCAAAGAAAUGCAUCGCUAAUGGUGCCACGACCUACUUAGCAUUCAUAGUGGAGGAUUAUGGUUGUAAUAAGGAAGGGCUACCUAUAGUUGAAGAGUAUCCUGUGGUUUUCACUAACGAUCUAUCGGGAUUACCCCCCGAUAGAGAGACAAAUUUCACUAUAGAAUUAGAGCCCGCUACAACCGCUGUCCAUAAAGCCCCUUAUUGUAUGGCCCCUCUAGAACUAAAAGAACUAAAGGAGCAAAUAGAAGAGCUAUUGGAGAAAGGCUGUAUUCAACCAAGUUCAUCACCCUGGGGAGCGCCAAUUCUGUUCAUUAAGAAGAAGGAUGAAUCAUUAAGGCUGUGCAUUGAUUAUAGGGAAUUGAACAAAGUAACGGUUAAAAACAAGUACCCGUUACCACAUAUCGAUGACUUGUUAGAACAAUUGCAAGGAGCAUCAGUGUCCUCAAAUAUAGACUUAAGGUUUGGUUAUCAUUAG